GGAGCAUAAAAGGAUUUUGUGACAUGAGUGGAGUAACAAAUGGGGGUGGAAAGUUUCUCCAAACUUUAGCCAAAGUUGGCUUUCCUGGAACAAAAGACCUGGAUGGUUCCAGCUUUGAUUGGAUGUUUGAAGCUAAGCCUUUAAUUCCAUUCCUUGACUGGUUCUGUGACAGUGUUGAUACAGCAAAUGUGUUGACACAGGAAGAGCUCCAACAAUUCGAAGAGUUAAAAUCCUGUGGAUCGGUUUUGAAGGGAGAAGUACUAGAAAAAGCAUUACAAUGUUUGACAUUUGAGUCUCAGUCUGUACCACUGGAUGUUUUGAGGGAAGAAGUAUCUUUGCUCAGAGCCGAACUGUCAUCAGUUGAAGCCAGAGUUAACGAGCUUACACAUCAGAGAGAUGUUUUAAGCAUUCAACUUAGUCAAGACAACCAUCGUGGACUAUUGAUGGAAGAUCUCAUUAGAGAUCUGCAACAUGACUUGUGCAAACAGCAGGAACAGUUUGUUUCGGUCAGCAAAGAGGUAUCAUCAAGCAUACAUUCAACUGUUGAUCCACUUGAAGGACUUACUAGGUUCUACACACAGGAAACAAAACGGUGGAAAGAACCAGAUAGUUGUAAUCAUUCCUCUGUUCCUGGUUCUUUCUUCACAUCUUUAGACCUCAAUUCUUACCAUGAAACAGAAGAACAUUUCCUCGACCAGCUAAGGUCUUACAUAAAAAAGCAGUUUUGUCAGGUGAGGUGAAAGAUUUCUUGCUUAACUUUAAACGUUUCAAGUCAGUUUUCCUAGAAUGAAGUUCGUCUGUCAAGGCUGUAAUGAAAUUAAAGUUUUUAAGGAAUGAUAGCUUUUAGUUGAAUGGUAAUCGAGAACCACUUUUUCAUAAAAAAUUAGGGCUAUUAAUGUGAAUGUAUUUGAAAUUGCUUUGAAUCUGUAUUGUAAUGUGUAAAAUUAUAUCAUAUGUUGAUUCUAAAGAAGUGUAAAAUAGGAAUUCUCAGAUUUUAUGUAUGGGCUGGUUUCUUUGCAUUAGAUGUCUGUGACUUGGUGAUAAAUUUCAACAAUAAC